ACAAAGGGGCGAGGCACAUGUGUCAGGCCGCCUUAAGAAACUGAGUGCAUUCUGUGUGCUCAGCAUCACAGAUGAAUAGAUUCAGCAUCACGGCUGGAUGGAUUCCAUGAUUAGCAUCACAGCAUCCUAAGGUGGGAGCGGCCAGAGGUUGAUAAGCCAGGGUUAUCUGUGGGGUACACACAGUGGCUGAGUUUGUGCUGGUGCGGGGAGGCAGCCGCAGUGCCAUCACAGCUAAGAAAAUGACCACUCUAUGUAUCUCAUCUACAUUUGCACUCUGCUUAGGAACCAUACCUGUUGCACUGCGUUCUCAUGUGGACUCACUGUUUCAGUUUGCGAGUUGGAUCAAGACCGUGAGUGUAGGAGGAGUGACAAUCUUUACCUCCCCAGGUGAGCGAUGGGGAAGGGACUUAGCAGGUGAGAGAGUCGGGAGGGAAGGCUCACAUUCAAGGGAUGUAAGUUAACUGUGGUGAAUCUAUGCGGACUGGUUUUUUGAAACGGAGAUCCCCCCCCCCUUUUGGCCUUAUAUACUGCUGUUUUAUUUCUGCGCUAAGCUUGAUCCUCGCAUCUGUUUAGUUUCAAGCUGUUAAAACAGUCUAUUGAUUUGUACAAAGUUGCUUGCACAGGUUGAUUUUUUAAUGAUAUAUUUAAAGACUGACAUUAUGGGUUAUUUGUAAUGGUUCCUAACAUGGUUUCUGAAUUGUGGUUGUCCUUUGUGCGGUGCAGUGUGAGCUGCUUCGGGCACAUGUGUGUGUGUGUGUGUUUGUGUGCGUGUGUAUUGACAGCAUACAUUUAAAGCACUACGACACCAUUUUAAAUGUAUGAAAGAACCAAGGCCAGAGCAGGGAAUGAUUUAGAGAAGCAGUGGGUAGCCUCCCCUGUGUAUCUGUAUUUUGAGUCCACAGGAUCCUUCAUUGAUUUCAUUCUUUCAUCUCCUGCACUACACUAAGAGCUAUUUACUUAUUACAUUUCUGACCUUUCAAGAUGGUGUACAUGGUUUCCCCCCUCCCCUACCAGUCAUCAGCACAACAACCCUGUGAGGUAGGCUAGGUUAAAGAGAAGUGUUCAGUUCAAAUAUCCCCCAAUGAUUUUAUGGCUGGGUAUGGAGAUAUGGAUUUUGCUUUCUCCUGGGCCUAGUCUGAAACUCUAGCUGUUACACAGGAGUUUUCUUGUGGCAUAUAAAAUGCAGAACUAGCACCUUAUUAUAUAUUACUCUCUAAUUCUAGAUGGGUGGAAGCUGGCUGUAGUUGUUAAGUGUAGCAUGGGGAAAUAGACUCUGCAUGUGCUCAGAGGAAUUCUCUUCUAAUGCAGCUUUUAAACUCCUAGGACUUGAUCCUGUCAUUAAAAGCCACCAUUUUAUUUUAUUUUUUAUAUAUAAUUUUUAUUAAUGUUUUUUGUUUUACAAUAUAGAAUACUCAUUUAAACAUCAAAAUAUCAAUGACUUCUCUUUCCAUAGUUCAUUUUACAUAUCAUAAAUCCCUGCAUAUUUUACAUAAACUAAACCAUUCAGUAUUCCAUUACAGUGGUACCUCGGGUUACAUACGCUUCAGGUUACAGACUUCGCUAACCCAGAAAUAGUACCUCGGGUUAAGAACUUUGCUUCAGGAUGAGAACAGAAAUCGUGCUCCGGCGGUGCGGAAGCAGCAGGAGGCCCCAUUAGCUAAAGUGGUGCUUCAGGUUAAGAACAGUUUCAGGUUAAGAACGGACCUCCGGAACGAACCUCCAAGUACUUAACCCGAAGUACCACUGUAUUACGUCCAUCAAAACUUAUUUACACUGUUGAAUUUAUCUUAAUGCUGCCAGCGUUUUCAAGUCUACACAAUCCCCCCCCCCAUAUUCAAUAAACAUUUUCCAGUCUUCUCUAAAAGUACCGUAUGUUCUUCUUCUUUUUCUCUUAUUCUAUAUGUUAAAUCCGCAAGCUGUGCAUAUUCCAUCAUUUUAAAACCUUACCUCUUGCUGCUCUCAGCAAUGAAGCUGAACGUUCGAAGAUUCAGGACAGAUAAAAAAACAUACUUCUUCAUGCAGUGCAUAGUUGAACUGUGGAACUCUGUCCCACUGGAGGCAGUGAUGACCACUAACUUAAAGGUAAAGGGACCCCUGACCAUUAGGUCCAGUCACAGACGACUCUGGGGUUGUGGCGCUCUUCUCGCUUUAUUGUCCGAGGGAGCCGGCGUACAGCUUCUGGGUCAUGUGGCCAGCAUGACUAAGCCACUUCUGGUGAACCAGAGCAGCGCACGGAAACGCUGUUUACCUUCCUGCCGGAGCGGUACCUAUUUAUCUACUUGCACUGGUGUGUUUUCGAACUGCUAGGUUGGCAGGAGCUGGGACCAAGCAACGGGAGCUCACCCUGUCGCGGGGAUUCGAACUGCCAACCUUCUGAUCGGCAAGUCCUAGGCUCUGUGGUUUAACCCACAGCGCCACCCGCGUCCCCACCACUAACUUAGAUGGCUUUAAAAGAGAAUGAGUCAGAUUCAUGAAGGUCAUGACCCAUGAUGGCUAUGCUUGGUCUUCCCCAGGAGGCGCGAGUGGUCUUGUGCUUGAGUCCUCCAUGCUGGUUUCCCACAGGCAUCUGGUUAGCGUCUAUGAGAACAAGAUGCUGGACUAGAUGGGCCAUUCAGCAGGCUCUUCUUAUCUUCUUCUGGCCUCUUGGUUUUCCUCCAACUCACAGCAGGCCUUGCUGCCCUUCCCUUUCACCUCUUCCCCACUCCCGUUUUCUUCCCUAACCUCCUAAGGAACACAGAAGGCCAUUCCAGAAUUGCCUGCAGCUAUCUCUAUGGGGAUGGCAUGUAAACCAUCUGGCUUGGUCACUGGGUGUAAAAAAAACCCCAACUGCCACUGGGGCACUGCGGUGUACAUUGUUAGCCGUUAUCUAACUUAUACUCAUCAUUAGAACUACUAAUGCAGGUUUUUAAGUUGCCGUUCACCUGGGGGCAAGUUUUAAUUGACUCCUUGGCAAUCGUUCUCAAGUAGCAAGUUGCACAGUGCUGUUUUGCUUUAUAUUUUUGUUACUUAUUUUAUUUUAUUUUAAAUGCAUUAUCUGCCCUUUACCACCAGGUCCCAGGGCAAGUUACAACAGUUUAAGAUUAAGAACAGUUAAAACAAAUUACAGUAACAGGGAAAAGUGCACCCCCCAACCCCCAACCCCCCACAUCUCAGGUAUCAAAGGCCAAAGUAAAGAGAUAUGCCCUCAGUAUUUGCCAAAAGCAGCAAAAAAGGUAAAAAUGUAAAGGACCUCUUGACGGUUAAGUCCAGUCAAAGCCGACUGUGGGGUGCGGAGCUCGUCUCGCUUUCAGGCCGAGGUAGCUGGUGUUUGUCCACAGACAGCUUUCUGGGUCAUGUGGCCAGCAUGACUAAACUGCUUCUGGUGCAACAGAACACCGUGACGGAAACCAGAGUGCACAGAAACGCCGUUUACCUUCCCACCAGAGCGGUACCUAUUUAUCUACUUGCAAUGGUGUGCUUUCAAACUGUUAGGUUAUCAGGAGCUGGGACUAAGCAAAUCUCACCCCAUCGUGGGAUUCAAACCGCUGACCUUCUGAUCGGCAAGCCCAAGAGGCUCGGUGGUUUAGACCACAGCGCCACCCCUGCAAGUGUCCUGGAAAAAAUGGGACAGCCCCUCCCCCCUUGAGAGCACGGCGGCCCCAAAGAAAGUGCUUUUUCAGGGCCACAAUCCUGUGCUUUUUCGGGGCCGCCUGUCUCCUUACUUACAUCCAGUCCAGGGAUCCAGUCCUCUUUAGACAUAGCGUCGCCAAUGUCAUUCUAGAUCUCUGCAGAGGCUAAAGUAGAAGUAUUUGCCUCUUCCUGUCAUUGGCUCUGACUCUACCCUUGGGGUUUUUGUCUCUCUCCCCCCACCCCAUGAGUCUCUAUGGGCACCAGACUUCAUUCAUCCCAUUUGGGACUUAUGUAGCUCUGGGAGUGAUCUUGCUCUGCCUCUGUUUUACCAUCCAGCGGUGGCCGAUCAGAAUUGUAACCCAAAACAUCUGUAGGGUGGCUGAGAUCGAGUUAAGCAAAUACUUUUUUUUCCACUGGAAAGAAAGCAGAGAGUCUUUCUUUCCUUGUUUGCACCCAUUAUGGAAACCAAAUAACGUCUUUUCCACUGAAGCAAUAGACUCUCUCACCUUGCCUUAUUUUCCACCAUUUCUCACCUUAUCGGUCUUUGGGAUCAGAACUUUGUGGGCAGUCUUCCAAACCAUGAAGUUGCCUGCAUGGUCCAGUGAUUCUCCUCUAGUCUAAACACAACCUCUCUCCCAUUUCUCACCCCACUGUGAGGAUCACAGUUGGCUGCUAAAAAUCAUGGCCCAACUGCACUGGCUGCCAAUUAGUUUCCGGGUCCAAUUCACAGGGCUGGUUUUGACCUACAAAGCCUUAAAUGGCUAUACUUCAAGGACUGCCUCUCCUCACGUGAACAGACCUGGACCCUGCAAUCAUCAUUCACGCGUGCCCUCUCCACAAGAGGUCUGGAAGGUGGCAACACGAGAACAGGCUUUUCUGCAGUGACUCCCCGUUUGUGGAAUGCUCUCCCCAAGGAGGUUUGGCUGGCGCCUUCAUUAUACACCUUUAGGUGCCAGGCAAAAAUGCUCCUCUUAUUUUAAAUGUGUUUAUGGGAGUGGGUGGAGGGAGAGGGUUAUUGGUCUGUGUUUGCUGUUGUUUUGUUCUUUUUAUCAUCUUUUAAUUUUAUGUUGUGAAUUGCCCUGAGAUCUGCGGAGGAUGAGUGGUAUACACAUUUAAUAAAUAAUAAUAUUUCCGGUCAUCAGCUAAGGCACAGAAGGGGAACCCAUCUGGAUAUUUGUCGGACUACAACUCCCAUCGUCCCAGGCCAUUGGUCAUGAUGGGAGUUGGAGUCCAACAAUGUCUGGAGGGCAACAGGUUCACCGCCAUUACUUGCAACACUAUCUUCAGAUGCUUUGUUUUCUUCCCAACAACCUAUGGGGAAACCCAGCCAGAUGGGUGGAGGAGGAGGAGGAGGAGGAGGAGGAGGAGGAGGAGGAGGAGAAGAAGAAGAAGAAGAAGAAGAAGAAGAAGAAGAAGUCACAAUAUGUUUGCACAGGCUUCCAGGGUGGUUAGACAAUGUCAGCCAUUUUAUCAAGCAUUCCCUCUUAUUUCCUUACAGGGUAGUUAUACAAUGCCGUGUCAAGCAGGUGUAUCCCACAUUUCCCCUGUCACUUUCCUUAUUGCAAAAAGUCUUGAUUUGUGGGGUGGGGGAAAGCAUGUUUGCUGUGCAUGUUGUGGAAGCAUCCUACAACCCCCUAUCUUUCCCGGUUGUCAGCCAUUGUUGGCUAGUGUUGAUGGGAUUUGGAUUACAACAACAUCCAGAAGGCCACAGGGUCCUCCAUCCCUGAUCUAAGGGAACGACAAACGCUGCUGGAAAUGGUUGAAACAGAACAGCUGAAAUUUGAAAUGGUUACAAGGAGAUCCUGGUAGAAUGAAUGGAAGUCUGGGUAACAUGAAAGGACAGUCAUCUAAGGGACAAGUGCUUUGUUUUUCCUGUACGCAGUGUUUUGAAAGACAUCUUGACAUUGUUUUCAUUUGAAAGCAUUGUAUCACCAAGGAAUGGGACAAUGCAAAUGCCAAUCAAGGUGUGGUUAAAGGAAAACAUGUUGCUCACUGCUUCACUUGUAAGGAAGAGGGAAAAAACCAGGGCUGUCUCUAGACCACAUUGUGCCCCGGGCGAGGAUAGCCUUUGCCACUCCCUUCUCUUUGUUCAACUUUUGAAUAGCUUCUUUUUCAUUUCCUUGGCAUCCCAGUUCCUGGCUUUUGCAGAUGAUUGUCGUGCAGGACUUCUCCCUGUCAUCAACCACUAUCAAGUUCAGGGCCGGAUUUAGGUUUGAUGAGGCCCUAAGCCAGGGGUCAGCAAACUUUUUCAGCAGGAGGCCAGUCCACUGUCCCUCAGACCUUGUGGGGAGCCAGACUAUAAUUUUUAUGGGGGAAAUGAACAAAUUCCUAUGCCCCACAAAUAACCCAGAGAUGUGUUUUAAAUAAAAGGACACAUUCUACUCAUGGGGACACGGGUGGUGAUAUGGGUUAAACCACAGAGCCUAGGACUUGCCGAUCAGAAGGUCGGCGGUUCGAAUCCCCGCGACGGGGUGAGCUCCCGUUGCUUGGUCCCUGCUCCUGCCAACCUAGCAGUUCGAAAGCACAUCAAAGUGCAAGUAGAUAAAUAGGAACUGCUCCGGCAGGAAGGUAAACGGCGUUUCCGUGCGCUGCUCUGGUUCGCCAGAAGCGGCUUAGUCAUGCUGGCCACAUGACCCGGAAGCUGUACGCCGGCUCCCUCGGCCAAUAAAGCAAGAUGAGUGCCGCAACCCCAGAGUCAGCCAUGACUGGACCUAAUGGUCAGGGGUCCCUUUACCUUUAUUCUACUCAUAUAAAAACACGCUGAUUCCUGGACCAUCCAUGGGCCGGAUUUAGAAGGCCCCCAGGCCUUAGUUUGCCUACCCAUGCCCUAAGCUACUGAAGGUAAUGGGGCCUUUUAUAUGUCCAGCUGUCCUUUGUCAACAACAAAUUGUACCUCUUUUUUGUGUUGAAUAUAUGCUAUAUGGUAAUUUAUGGACCUAAUAGCUAUCUAAAGCCAUUUGCACAUAACAAAUAGGAGCCUACGCAACACAAAACACUGUUGCUGUAUGUAGGUUUUAUUUUAUUUGUUUUUUAUCUUAUAUUUUGGAAAUGUGCAUCCAGGUUUUUUCCCCUAUAAUUUUUUUGGGGGCCCCCAAGAAGUGGGGCCUUAAGCUAUAGCUUGUUUAGCUUAUACGUAAAUCUGGCACUGAUCAAGUUGUAUCCCUGGAUAUGAGCAUAAUCUCUCUCACUCUCACUCUCUCACAUAUAUACACCUUUAUUCUUGAAUGGACACAUGUCAACCUUUCCACGAAAUAAAAGCAAGUUUGUGGGCAUCAGGUCAUAAAAGGAUCUUCUCUGUGGUGGCCCCUGAGAUGUGGAAUAAUCUCCUUUCCAAGGUUUUUCUCGCCCUGUUGUACACAUUUCAUUGCAUACCCUCUAACAUUCCUCAGAUGAAAAUAGGGACAUUUCUCAGUCUCCCCCAACUGACACUUCUCGACCUUCCCCCCAUUUUUCUCUCCUCCCCGCCCCUUACAGAGCAUUUCCUAUCUGAAGAAGGGUAAGUGUCACCAAUGGGACAAAGCACACAGGCCCUCCACCGUCCUGAGAAAACCCAUUAAUAUGUUUUUAAUAUUCUGUUAGGAGCUGCCCAGAGUGGCUGGGGAAACCCAUCCAGAUAGGCGGGGUAUAAUAAUAAUAAUAAUAAUAAUAAUAAUAAUUUAUUUAUACCCCACCCAUCUGGCCAGGCUUCCCCAGCCACUCUGGGCGGCUUCCAAAAAAAUAUUAAAAUACUGUAAUACAUCAAACAUUAAAAGCUUCCCUAAACAGGGCUGCCUUCAGAUGUCUUCUAAAAGUCUGGUAGUUGUUGUCCUCUUUGACAUCUGGUGGGAGGGCGUUCCACAGGGCGGGUGCCACUACCGAGAAGGCCCUCUGCCUGGUUCCCUGUAACUUGGCUUCUCACAGUGAGGGAACCGCCAGAAGGCCCUCAGUGCUGGACCUCAGUGUCCGGGUAGAACGAUGGGGGUGGAGACGCUCCUUCAGAUAUACUGGACCGAGGCCGUUUAGGAGUUUGGAGUUUGGAUUUGAAGGGCUUUAAAUGUCAGCAGCAACACUUUGAAUUGUGCUCGGAAACGUACUGGGAGCCAAUGUAGGUCUUUCAAGACUGGUGUUAUAUGGUCUCGGCGGCUGCUCCCAGUCACCAGUCUGGCUGCUGCAUUCUGGAUUAGUUGUAGUUUCCGGGUCACCUUCAAAGGUAGCCCCACGUAGAGCGCAUUGCAGUAGUCCAAGCGGGAGAUAACCAGAGCAUGCACCACUCUGGCGAGGCAGUCCGCAGGCAGAUAGGGUCUCAGCCUGCAUACCAGAUGGAGCUGGUAAACAGCUGCCCUGGACACGAAUUUGGCCUGUGCCUCCAUGGACAGCUGUGAGUCCAAAAUGACUCCCAGGCUGCACACCUGGUCCUUCAGGGGCACAGUUACCCCAUUCAGGACCAGGGAAUCCUCCACACCUCCCUGCCUCCUGUCCCCCAAAAACAGUACUUCUGUCUUGUCAGGAUUCAAUCUCAAUCUGUUAGCCGCCAUCCAUCCUCCAACCACCUCCAGACACUCACACAGGACCUUCACUGCCUUCACUGGUUCUGAUUUGAAAGAGAGGCUGCAUAUAGCGGCUGCAUAUAGAUGUUGAAAAGCAUGGGGGAGAGGACAGAACCCUGAGGCACCCCGCAAGUGAGAGCCCAGGGGUCUAAACACUCAUCCCCUCCUACCACUUUCUGAACAUGGUCCAGGAGGAAGGAGCGGAACCACUGUAUGACAGUGCCCCCAGCUCCCAGCCUCUCAAGACGGUCCAGAAGGAUGCUAUGGUCGAUGGUAUCAAAUGCCGCUGAGAGAUCCAGCAGAACUAGGAAAUAGCUCUCACCUUUGUCCCUAGCCCGUCGGAGAUCAUCAACCAGUGCGACCAAGGCAGUUUCAGUCCCAUGAUGAGGCCUGAAUCCCGCCUGGAAGGGAUCCAAAUGGUCCGCUUCUUCCAGGCGUGCCUGGAGUUGUUCAGCAACCACUCGCUCAAUCACCUUGCCCAAGAAUGGAAGAGUUGAGACUGGGCGAUAGUUGGCCAUCGUGGCCGCAUCUAAAGAUGGUUUUUUAAGAAGCGGUUUAAUAACCGCCUCUUUCAGCGGGUCUGGGAAGGCUCCCUCACAGAGGGAAGCAUUCACCACCCCACAAAGCCCAUCGCCCAGCCCUUCCCGGCUAGCUUUUAUAAGCCAGGAUGGGCAAGGAUCAAGGAGACAGGUGGUUGGUUUCACUCGUCCAAGCAGCCUGUCCACAUCCUCGGAGGUAACAGAUUGGAAUUGAUCCCACGCAACUUGACUAGACAGGUCUCUAGCACUCUCCCGCCCCGGCCCUGCUCCCACGGUGGCGUCUACCUCUUCCCGAAUCUGAGCGACUUUAUCUGCAAAAAACUUUGCAAAAUCAUUGCGGGAGAUCAUUAUUAUUAUUAAUAAUGAUGAUGAUAAUAAUGCUCUCAGACUAAGCAAAACUCCUCACUGCCACUGCUUCAUACCCUCCUCAAGUGUUUUUGCCUGUCUGGAACAUGUCCUUGAACUCUUGUUUGCCUGGGUGGAGACUACUGAAGGGUUUGGGAGUGUGUGUGGAAAGCAGCCUACUGCACAAGGGUAAGAUGGACAUUCGUUGCUCCACCCAACACUGGCAUGAGGCCCUCAGGCUGAAAAAUAUCCCCCAUUCCUGGGUUAAGCUAAAGUCUCCUCAGUCUAGGUGGGUUUUGAGCUGAAGUCUGAAGGAAGGGUGAGUUGACAGAAGACAGGUCAGGGCUGGACAACAUUUCGCCCUCCAGAUAUUCCUGAAACUCCAACUCCAACCAUUCCUGGUCACUGACCAUGCUUGCUGGGGCUGAUGGGAGUUGUAGUUCAGGAGCAUCUGGAGGGCCAAUGGUCCCCGCACCUGGCAUAGGUGUUCUGGAAGGGACAAAAAGGAAAAAUAAACACUGCCCUUUUAAGAGAGCAAAGUAGCAGCUUAUGGGGGUAGAGUGAAGAGCUUUUGACAUGGGAUCUGUUCAUAGAAUUGUAGAGAUGGAAGGGGCUAUGAGGGUCAUCUAGUCCAACCCCCUGCAAUGCAGGAAUCUUUUGCCCAGCAUGGGGCUUGAACCCUCAGAUUAAGGGUUCUCAUGAAGAACCCUGAGAUUAAGAGUCUCAUGCUCUACCGAUUAAGCUAUCCUUUAAUGGUUUUAUCUUCUGCUUCUUAGCCUUAUGAUGGUGCUUUUAGUAAUUUUGGGUCAUUUGUUUUGGGUCAGAAGGCAUUAGUUAUUUAUUUGUUUCAGUGUUUGUUAGUACAGCUGCAUCUGCAUUUGCUUAUAAAGAAAGCAAGGAGGAAACGUGCAAAGUAAAAAUAUAUGCUUCAUAGUGUUUGCAAUGUGCAGUCUUCAAGCAAAACUUAGAAAUGUGAUUUCUAUUUUUAAAAAAUCAGCAACUGUGCUUAUAAAUGAUAACAACACCCAGAGUUCUUCCCACUGUGUAAAAAUGAUAUAAAAAGUAGAGUAUAAAAAGUAGCAACAGUGCAAGGGAGAUAUGACCAUUUCCACCCACCUCUGUCCUCUGAUAAGGCAAGUGAAGGAGGUCACUCUGGUAUCAAUUUCAGUUUCAGAAGAAUGGGGUGUUGUUUGGUGGUUUGAAUACAAUAGCACAUCAGUUCAGGGAGCGCAAAUGUUGCAGGUUUCCAUUCGCUUCAGGCAAUGCCAAGAAAGGUUUCAAGAGCAUAUCAGUCUUACAGCUUGUAGCAUUACAUUCUCGAUUGCCAGCCUUUGGCAAACCCCCCAAAAUUAAAUGUAUGAUUUUGAUUUUUCUCCAUGGCAAAAUGAUGCCCCACCACUGACAUCCUCAGCAAGGAGUUUUCCUGCAGAAAGAAUACUUUUCAUUGUGUUUAUAUCCUACUUUUUCCUCCAAGGAGCUGAAGGUAUUGUACAUGGUUCCUUAUGCAUUUUAUUUAAUGAGACUCAGCUAAUUAAGUGAGACAUAACACGGCCUGAGGACUAAGCUUCAUGAAUGAUAACGGUCUGAGAAAUCACACUCCCUGUUCUCUAGACUUCCCAGCAUAAUUGUGCUUAUUAGGGAAGAUGGCCUACAAAAAAAUGUGUAUGUGUAUGUUAGGUGUUAUUCACAAUAAAGUGCUGAUGAAUUUUCAGAAAGCAUUAAAAAACAACAACACAAGGGAACAUUCUUUCAUAUGUGGUGGACCUGUAAAAGGGUAAAAGAACAUUGGGGGGAAAUCCAUAAUGAAUUGAAAAAAAUGUUUAAAAGUACUUUCCCCCCCAAAAACAGAGUCCAUUGGGUUGGGGAUAAUUCAGAUGGAAAUUCCCAGGUGUCAAAAAAGGUUAUUUGUGUAUGCCACUACUGUGGCUGGUGUUUUGUUAGCCCCAAAAUGGAAAACGAGUGAGGUCCUAACUAAAGAAGAAUGGCAACUUAAACUGAUGGAAUAUGCACAGCUUGCAGAUCUAUCUUACAGAAUAAGAGAACAAGAAGAAUAUACAUUUAAAGAAGACUGGGAAAUGUUUGUUGAAUAUAUGGGGGGGAAUCGUGUACACUUGAAAAUGUUGGCAGCAUUAAGAUAAAUUCAACAGUGUAAAUAAGUUUUGGUGGAUGUAAUAAUGGAAUACUGAAUGCUUUAGUUUAUGUAAAAUAUGCAGGAAUUUAUGAUAUGUAAAAUGAAACAUGUAAAGAGAAGAAGGGAAGUCACUGAUAUUUUAAGAUUGUUUAAUUGAAUAUUCUAAAUUGUAAAACAGAAAACACACACACACGUAAACUGCAAACUGAUGUGGAAAUGCAGAGAACUGAACUUAAGAUUGGAAAAAUGAGAAACCGUAAUUUAGAGCUGAUAACGUCAAAGCCUUGGGGUUGGAAGCUGAUCUGAUUGGGUCACCCAUCCCUACUUGCCAGCUUAGAUCCAUGCUAAUGCUGGACUCCUGGCUGACAAGAGUGAGCAAAAAGGUGACACUGGCAGCAAGAUGCAUUGCUGACGAAGGAGUGAAGGAAGGAGACUGCAAAGAGCAAGGGAGGAACGAAAGAGCCACAGCAACUUGCCUGGAGCAGGACAACCCAGUUGGAUCAGCUUCCAACCCUAAGGCUUUGACGUUAUCAGCUCUUAACCUGGCGGUUGUCAACCAACAGAUUUUUAUGGAUCCUAUCUUUCCAUCAGAAGUCAGUUAGAAAACUCCGCUAGGCUCUUUGUUGUUUUCUGUUCUCUUGCCACUGCUGAUAAGGCAGGUUGUGACUUCACCUUUCCUACAUGUCCCUUUCAGGUCGCUUCGACAGGUACAUUCUGGCAUGGGCCAUUCAAACACCUAUAAGAACACAGGAAGCCCGUCUUGCACCAUGGCUGGCCAUUGGUCCAUCUAAGUCAAUCAACCAAAUAUGUAUUACGGUCAUAGAACAGCAUAAGUAGGGUGGGGUACAAUCAUGUGUAAAAUGUUUUGGAAAGCUAAAAAGUAUUAAAACAGAAGGUAUAUCUAAAAGGAGAGAUGCGGCUGGCGCUGUGGGUUAAACCACAGAGCCUAGGACUUGCCGAUCAGAAGGUCGGCGGUUCGAAUCCCUGUGACCAGGUGAGCUCCCAUUGUUCGGUCCCUGCUCCUGCCAACCUAGCAGUUCGAAAGCACGUCAAAGUGCAAGUAGAUAAAUAGGUACCACUCCAGCGGGAAGGUGAACAGUGUUUCCGCGCGCUGCUCUGGUUUGCCAGAAGUGGCUUAGUCAUGCUGGCCACAUGACCCGGAAGCUGUACGCUGGCUCCCUCAGCCAAUAAAGCGAGAUGAGCACCGCAACCCCAGAGUCGGUCACAACUGGACCUAAUGGUCCGGGGUCCCUUUACCUUUACCUAUAUCUAAAAGACUAUAGGAAAAAUCUAAAAGAAACUAAAAGAAUCUAAAAGAAGGGUUAGGAAGAAGAAGAAGAGUUUGGAUUUGAUAUCCCGCUUUGUCACUACCCGAAGCAGUCUCAAAGAGGCUAACAUUCUCCUUUCCCUUCCUCCCCCACAAUAAACACUCUGUGAGGUGAGUGAGGCUGAGAGACUUCAAGGAAGUGUGACUAGCCCAAGGUCACCCAGCAGCUCUUGCCACAUUAAACGGAUAUGAAAGAGCAUAAAAGGUUAGUAUAUAAAAGACUACAACUAUCAGUGCAGAGAGCACUCUGAUGUGAGUGUUCAUUCAAUCUAGUUUGUGGCACAGGUCAUCAUCUGACAAAUUUUGAAUGCUGCUGUGCAGAAUCUGGCAGCAAUGUAUGUUGUAGCAGGAUUGGUAUCUGACAGCAGCUGGGAGGUAUAAAAUAAAAUUGUCCUGUGUGCCCUGGGUACAGUGGUACCUCAGGUUAAGUACUUAAUUCGUUCCAGAGGUCCGUUCUUAACCUGAAACUGUUCUUAACCUGAAGCACCACUUUAGCUUAUGGGGCCUCCUGCUGCCGCCGCGCCACCGCUGCACGAUUUCUGUUCUCAUCCUGAAGCAAAGUUCUUAACCUGAAGCACUAUUUCUGGGUUAGCGGAGUCUGUAACCUGAAGCAUAUGUAACCUGAAGCGUAUGUAACCUGAGGUACCACUGUACUUAUGGAGUAGUGGGGAGAUGAGGCUAAUAUGAGUGUCUCCAUACAGUAUAGGCACUGGAGAAGCACAUGCUCUAUUGUUUCUAUCUGACCAGAGUCACAGGGGCAUUGUCUCUCCGAGUAAGCAAUCUUCCUGUAACGACCUACAAUGACAGCCGAGGGGAGGGCGUGACAUCGUGCCAGGGUAAAAGCUCUCCGGAGCUUAGGGACUUUGAGUUUAGCUAGAUAUGCUAUGGGGGAGGCAGAGUACCUGGUGGAUUCAUUGGCAGUUAAAGUUGACAUCCUGGCUAAAUCCAAUCAGCGCUCCGUGUCUGCUACAUGUUGUUCAAUGAGUCCAUCCAGUGGCGUAGCGUGGGUUGUCAGCACCCGGGGCAAGGCAAGUAAUUUGCGCCCCCUAACCCGUGGAUUUGCACCCCCUAACCCUAACCCCCAGAUGUUGCGCCCGGUGCAGCCGGCCCUCCCUGCACCCCCCACGCUACGCCACUGAGUCCAUCUAUCUCAGUAUUACCUGCACUGACUGGCAGAGGCUCUUCAGGGUUUCAGGCUGGAUUCUCUUCCCAGCCCUACCAAGAGCCAGUGUGGUGUAGUGGUUAAGAGCGGUGGACUCGUAAUUUGGUGAACCAGGUUCGCCUCCCUGCUCCUCCACAUGCAGCUGCUGGGUGACCUUGGGCCAGUCACACUUCUUUGAAGUCUCUCAGCCCCACUCACCUCACAGAGUGUUUGUUGUGGGGAAGGAAGGGAAAGGAGAAUGUUAGCCGCUUUGAGACUCCCUAGGGUAGUGAUAAAGCGGGAUAUCAAAUCCAAACUCUUCUUCUACCAGGAGAUUGAACCUUGGACUGUCUGUAUGCAGAGCAUGUGCUCUCUCACUGAACUACGGCUCUUUCUGAGUCAUCAAGUGGCCAUCAAGUAAGCAUCCUUCUGAAAGCAGAUAGUCUAAUGCUCAAGGCCCGUGCGUUCAUUCUGGUUUUCUCUUAUCUGUUAGUACCAGGUUCUGAAGGCCACUGGCUAUUGCUGUUUUCAUGUUACAUUUUAGCUUCAUUGGAUUUCUGGGUUAUAAACUCAUUUGGUUAUCUGCCAUAAGGAAAGCCAGUGUAGUAAUUUAAAAAUAAAUAAAUGUGCAUGGAUGAUCCAGGAAGAGUUCUACAGUGGAACCUUGGUUGUCAAACAGUUUGGCUCCUGAACAAAUUGCCUCCCAAAUGUCGCAAACCCAGAAGUGUUCUGGUUUGCAAACGUUUUCUGAAAGCCAAACGUCCGACGCAGCUUCUAAUUGAGUGCAAGAAGCUCCUGCACCCAAUCAGAAGUCACGCCUUGGUUUUCAAAUGGUUCUGGGAGUCGAAUGGACUCCCGGAACGGAUUAAGGUCGACAACCAAUGUACCACUGUAUUUAUCUUUGACAUAAUCAAGAGGGUAUAGGAUGAAAGUUGCCUUCUAAUAAUAAUAUACCGUAUUUUUUGCUCUAUAAGACACACCAGACUACAAGACGCACCUAGUUUUUGGAGGAGGAAAACAAGAAAAAAAAUAUUCUGAAUCUCAGAAGCCAGAACAGCAAGAGGGAUCGCUGCGCAGUGAAAGCAGCAAUCCCUCUUGCUGUUCUGGCUUCUGGGAUAGUUGCGCAGCCUGCAUUCGCUCCAUAAGACGCACACACAUUUCCCCUUACUUUUUAGGAGGGGAAAAGUGAGUCUUAUAGAGCAAAAAAUAUGGUAAAUAGUCCACCUGUCCAGCCAUGCACAGCUAUACUCACCUCUAUCCAGAAGUCUGUUUCCAAAACUUCUCUCAUUUGUUGCUCUGAAUAUACAGCUUCCUCCCUUAAAUCUCAUCUCUUCACCAGCUCCCUGUCUAUUCGGAGAUCAUUGCAAAACUCCUUAUCCUGACCUUUAAUACAGUGGUACCUCGGGUUACAUAUGCUUCAGGUUACAUACGCUUCAGGUUACAGACUCCGCUAACCCAGAAAUAGUACCUCGGGUUAAGAACUUUGCUUCAGGAUGAGAACAGAAAUUGUGCAGUGGCAGCGGGAGGCCCCAUUAGCUAAAGUGGUGCUUCAGGUUAAGAACAGUUUCAGGUUAAGAACGGACCUCCGGAACGAAGUAAGUACGUAACCAGAGGUACCACUGUAUUCCCCUCCCUGUUUUAUCUCUGGUCCCAUAUCAUGAUAAAUGAUAUAUAUAUCAUGAUAUAUAUAUCAGCAGGAAAUGCAGCCCCACCUACCUCUGAUCUACAUGGUGACUAAGGGCUCUCCCCUUAGUCACUACCCAUCCCAUUCCUCUAUCACAUAGGUAGGAUCCGCUACCCCACUAUGGCUACAUUACUUUAGGUGGCUUCAACCAUUCCUGAGAAAACAGCCAUUCAUAAGAACUUACAUGUUUCAUCUCCCAUUAACUGAGACAACUUUGUGGCAGGGUUACCUCCAUUCAUCAACAUGAUCUCUGUGGACGCUAUCAGUUGUGCUGAUAUAUUCCUUUCCCUUAUAUUAAUCUGUAAUUGGCAGACAGGGUUUUUUUGUUUUUAAUGAUUAUGCCUUGUUUCUUAUUGACAACACAAUUAUGAAAACUCAGUAAACACUUUAUUAAGUGCAAUAGGUUAUCUUUCAGAAAGGAGAGGGCAGCUGAUAGGGUGAAAGUUUUAUUUGUCAAGACGAGGGGCUCCAGGUAUUGCUUUUCUUCAUCUCUGGCCAUCGGCUAUGUUGGCUGGGGCUGAUGAGAGUUGGAGUCCAACAACAUCUAGGGAGCCACAGAUUCCCCACUCCAAAGCUCUAAGAAGAAGAAGAAGAAGAAGAGUUUGGAUUUGAUAUCCCGCUUUAUCACUACCCGAAGGAGUCUCAAAGUGGCUAACAUUCUCCUUUCCCUUCCUCCCCCCCCCCCAACAAACACUCUGUGAGGUGAGUGGGGCUGAGAGACUUCAAAGAAGUGUGACUGGCCCAAGGUCACCCAGCAGCUGCAUGUGAAGGAGCAGGGAAGCGAACCCAGUUCACCAGAUUACGAGUCCACCGCUCUUAUCCACUACACCACACUGGCUCUCUAAGGAAGAAACUGUACCAGUAUUUCUAAUUUGCUAAACAAUUAACAAAAAUCAACGUCAAAAAUAGAUACUUAUAAAUUGCCUUUGCAUCCCAGGAGCACAGAACUGCAUAGCUGACCCCACCCCACCCCAUUUUACCCUCACAACAAUCCUUUAGGCUAAGAGGUAGUGAUUGCUCCAAGAUCACCCAGGAGCCCCAUGGCUGAGUGAAAAAUUUAAGCCAGAUCAUCCCAGCCUUAGUCCACAAGUCUAAAUGCUACAUGUGUAAUUGGGGUGAUUUAAAAAAUAAAUAAACCAGUGACUUGUUUUUAGAAAAUGCAACUCUAAAAGGUUUAAAGGUUCAAUUUCCAGUCAUGAAACUCCCAUUUCAUGUGUUGCUGGACUUAUGUCCCACUAAGUUCAAUGGGACUGUCAGUCUCACGCAAGUGUUGAAAGCCAGUGUUAUAAGAAAAAACUGCUCCUUUUCGCUUAUCAGGUAUCCAAGAGCCCGUAUAGUCCUUAAUUGGGUUCUCUAUCAGCAGGAGAAAAUAACAGAGGCCAACCAGAGUAUACUGAGAAGCAAAGCAGCUAGUAAGCCUGAUCUUUAUUGCAAUAAAAAAGUACUGUUGCAACAGGGUCCCCACUCCCCACACAAAGGAGGGAGGAAAGAAUCCAGAACAAUGGUGCACAAGCCCUUAUAUAGACUUUUGAAAUUGCCCACCCUGUAGCUCAAGACCACCCCCCAAAACAUCAUAUAUACAUCACAGAAGGAGGCUGUCUACAGCAGAAAUCCUGUCUGCCAGGAUACCUGAUAAUGGUCACUGAUUGCUUUACCUGGGCAGCCUAGCCCUUCUUUUGUGUUGGGAAAUACUUUAGUUCCUGAAUUCAGGUCACAGGCUCACCCUAUUAAUACACAAAUACACCCUUUAUGACAGGAUUUGCAAGCAAAAGACAAUGUGAAGGCUUUCCCCAUUUUCCUCCCUUACUGCAGAGGAAUAUUUGAGGUCACUGGGAGAGUCAAAAUGGCUUCAGGAUGGCUCUCCUGUACUAUUUCAGACACGUGGUUUAUAUACUUAUGUAUGUGUUUGCCUCGUCCAUUUCUGAACAUUUAAUUUAUGUUUGAGACCUUAGAAUUCUUAUAUCACCAGUGUGGCAUAGUGGUUGGAGUGUUGAACUAGGACCUAGGUGACCAGGGUUCAAAUGCCCACUCGGCCAUGAAGCUCACCUGGGUGAGCUUAGGCAAAUAUCUCACCCUCAGGCUAGCCUACCUUACAGGGAUGUUGUUGAGGAUAAAAAUGGCAAAGAGAAGUAGAAGUAUGUAAGCUACCUUGAGCUCCUUAGAAGAAAGGUGGGAUAUAAAUCAAAUAAAUAAUUUAUUACAAUUAGCAUGCAGCCUUACUUGGGUGGAAAAUAACCUAGCUCUAUCGGAACAAGCAAUCAUUUCCUUAUAAGUGAGCCUAUAUUGACAUCUAGUGGUAAAAAAGAGAAAGAAACAGUAAGGCUUAUUAUCUCAAGGCUUAUUUGCCUGACAAACUUGUAUCGGUUUCAUAACCGUCUUAACAGUUCUGGCAUUGCUGUUCCCCCGAGAUUCCUGGAAAUUGAUGAGAGAUUAGUGAACUGACUGGCCAGGACCAAGAAAUCGGUUUCACAAUAGGAAACACCAUCAUUUAACUUUAAAACAAAAACAAAACAAAAAACAUAUUCAGGACGAUUAUUAUUAUUAUUAUUUUACUAAGAGAAGGGAGAGGGACCCAAAAAGUGGAAGGGAAAAGAGGAAGAUUGUAGAAGACAGGAAGAGAUGAAUAUGCACUAUUCAAAAAUUAAAAUUUGCUAUAAUGUUGUAGGUUCAGGUUAUAGGCGAGUCUCUGGUCCAAACAGACGGAAAACUACUGCAUCCAGUCCAUCAAAGCUUAUCCUACAAUGCAACCCCUCCCAGAAUUACAAUACUAAGCACACUUGUCUAAACGUAAGUCCAAUGGAACUCGGUGGGGCUUUCUCCUGAGUAAACAUUUUACAAGAUUGCACUGUAAUCUGCCAAGGUGGUGCAAGACCCUGUUUGUCCAUUGCACACAGCUCUGAAGAUUACAGCACUUUAUCUUGGCUUUCCUGCCUUAUAGGCUAACAGAGAUGCUCCUUUGAAUACCAGUAUUUGUGUGUUCUGUUUAACAAACUAUCACUCUCCUUACUAGGUCAGGGUUCCUUUCCAAGAGCUUAUUAUUAACAGACUCUGCUAUUACUCCCCACCCACCAGUCACCUCCUUUCCCCUCCAAUGCAAACUCUUUAACAUUUAAAUUCAAAAUAACUCCGCCCACAGUCCAAUCUGUGCCUCCCAAUUGCCAGCCAAUGGGAGCUCGCGUCCCAGAGCUACUGGCCAAUGAAAGUGAAGCAGGAAGCUGGCCUGGGGGAGAAAAACCAAAGAAAUAUAAUGGCUAGAACAGCCUAGAGGCAAACCAUAGCUAAGCAAACCGACGACCCAGUAAUCUGGAGGGCCAAUAACAGGGAUAGAAAAUUAUACAGAUCUUCAGUGAGGUUUGCUCCUAGGUAAGCGUGCAACUGGCACAGGCAAAAACCCCAGGACACUUCCGGCCUAAGAACUGAUUUUCCAUAGAGAGAAGUCCAGAGCGGCAGGAUUACUUUUUAGCCGGAAGUUCGGCCUCCACGUCUUCCUAGAUGAAGGGGAGAGGGAAUCCGCUCUUCCGCCACUCAAGCAGUUAGCCAAUCAGAAGAAGCCCAGCGCUGUUUUGUAAAAGGAACAGGAGUCCGAAGGAGCUCGCGAGAGCGGGGCGGAGCCUAGGAAGCCACCCGGGCCAAUGGCGAGGGCGGCUGCGAGGCGCCUUGAAGCCAAUCAGAAGAGCGGAGAGGGGAGCGCGCCAGCAGUUCGACUGAGGGAUGCGCGCAGGAGAUAAUGGCGGCGGCGACAUAAGAAACGGGGGCCUGUUUUUAUUCUGAAGCUGUGGUGCGGUUGAUCCCGAGGGGGCUUAGAGAAGCUAGUGGGGCCCUUUUAAGACUUGAAAAUAGCAGUUAACCGAGUGCUCCCUUAGUAUUAAGCUGUUACUCUUAUUAAGAGCCCCCUUUUAGGGAGGGUUGGGGGGAGAAGGUGGCAGUGAGGGGCGUGAGAGGAAUUCGCUGGGGAGGUUUGUUAAUGCAGGGGGUGGGGGAGGGGCAAUAGGACUUAAAUCUUAAGGGAAACGUAUUUUUGGCGUCCCAGGCAGAAUAGAAAAUUCAGUUUGUUUACAAGCCUGGCCCUAAGAAUGCUUGCUUGGAAGUAAGUUCCCCCAGUUGCCUCUUCAGUGGGGCUACUCUUUCUUAAGGAAGUGUAUCCAGGAGCAGCCUUGGGAUGCUAAGGCAAGGAGGCUGAGCUGGGUUUGUCCUUAGAUUGCCGGCUGGUUUAUGUAAUCUGCAUUUUUGUGAGCGCCGCCCUGGACUGCCGGACCGCAGGCACCAUACCAAAAAAAAAAGCACUUUCUGUAGCGUCAUGACUUGCUCCUACAAUGUGGUUUUCCUGUUGGACACUGCCAGUUCUGAGCGGAAGAUUCACCUUCACCUGGGCACCUUGAGGAUCUUGAACUACUUGGGCUGCAAGUUUGGCCUAGCUAAAAUCCGGUGGGGCUUCAAGUUCUUUGACUCCUCAGGCGCCCGGGGCAGAACUUCGCGAGUGGGCAAUUUCCGUGAGCUUGGAUCCCGCAGUUGGGAAGAAUUCGAGGAGGAGCUGGAUGCAAAGUUUGGAAACCAGGACUGCAACCCAAAGUCAUCUGGCUCGGUACCCCGAGCCACACUCACUCAGAACAUACUGAAAGAAUCGUUACUUGACUAUCAGUGGGACCGGCCUGAAAUUGCUUCGCCAUCCAAACCAGUGUUGAGGAACCAGAAAAGCAAGUUAACUGUGACCCUGAACAAACCUCCAGGGAGUUAUAUUCCUUCUGAGGGCUUCGUGAAUGCUAUUUUCCUCUUCUCUCCUUGCCCUCAUUCCCAGAGGGAGCUGCUGCAAUUUGUUUCUGGAAGUCCUACUCAUUUCUCUGAUGAACUGCUUGCUUCAUGUGAUCUGACAGAAAAGUUCAUCCCUAAGAGAAUCCGGGAAAUGAUGGCUAGCCAGAAAAUCUCAUUGUAUUGGGUGGACACUGCUGACUGGAUCAAGGUAAUAUGAGAGAAUUAAUCAUUAUGGAUGCUGCAUCACAAAUGAUUACCCUGCCAUCUUAUGUGGCAUGUUGCUAGUUUUGUUUGUUUCCCUCUCUUCCCCAAAGAAGCACAUGGUGUCAAAUGCUGGGCUUGCCAUUUUAUCCUCCCCCAAACUUGUUAAUGUAGGUUAGGCAGAGAGAGAGAUUGGUGGUUCAACCAGCACUGAACAGUUGUUUUCAUAGCAAUAUUUAAUAACAAAAAUUGCAUAAUUGAAAUCUCUCAGACCAUAAUAUUUCUUUUCCCUCUGCUUGUAGGCAGAAUACAUUGUAUCAUUAGCCUUUGGUCAUCCUACUAAUAUCACUAACCUGAGCCUUUCUGUUGCCUUGUUUCAGCUUCUUGGAACGUCAGACCACAUUGGCUACUGGAUGUUGGUUGAACUGAUGCGCUUAUUGGGAGGCAACAUCUUGCCAUCUGAGACUUUAAUUCAGUGUUUGAGUCACCAAUGUACAGGGGCUACCCCUGACUUUCCUAUGGAGCCUGUGUCCUCUGGGCAACCAUUCACACCAUUGACUACAACCCUGCCUUUUGAUUCAACUUUGAACUGCCUGUUUACCUCGCCUUCCUCAUUGCAAGCGUCCUUCCCUCAUGUAGAAGGAGUGUUGUACCUCAAAUCUGAUGGUAAUGAAAGUCUGUUUUGGCAAUCAUUCGUAGCCGAGUAAGAUUGUCUUCCAUAAACACGGCUUUAACAGUGAGGCCGUAAGUGACUGUGGAGGCCAAUUCUGGAUCCACACGUCCUUCCACAGUGGGGAGAUAGGUUUCCGGGUGGGUGUUGGUCACGGUGAGGGUUUGCCAAACAUGCCUUCCUCUUAGCACGUUUUCCCCUUUCAUCCUGAGUUCGAGCAUCUUCAAAGCCCAUGACACCUUUGGUAAAGGCUGUCCUGGUCCAGCUGGAGCGCUCACAGGCCAGUAUUUCCCAGUUGUUCACCACCAGCAUGACACUUUCCAUUUUUAAGUUCGGAAUAGAGUCAUUACCAUCAAUAAUGAUGGUAAUGAAAGUAAUGCCUGGAUAUAGCCAGCAAGUACUUCUUUUCGCUUUUCUGUACAGCUCAAGUGCUGUGAAAAGGAUACAUUAUUCCAGCGCUGGGUAACUUGUGGUCCUCCAGAAGUUGUUGGAUACCAACUUGCAACAGCCCCAACCAGCAUGACAAGCGGCCAGAGAUGAGCUGUAGGAUCUCCAUCCCUGUUUUGUUCUUUUAAGUAGUUGUACUUUCAAACUGACCAAUUAAAUUGUUUCCCAAUUGCAGAUGUUUCUAAAUUCUUCAGCAAACAAUUAGGGUAACAAUGAAGUUGUUCUCUGGAAAGCUGCUGUCUUGAGUCUUAACUUAAAUGUGAGAUUGUUAAUCUUUUAGCUAAAACAUGUAGCUUGUUGCUGAGAGCAUCCUUAUAAGAAGACUGAGAGACAGCAAAUGUAAUACCUGCGUUAGUAUUAUUACUAACAUCUGUCUCAACUAAACUUGUAAGAAGCUAUAAGGAUCAGUUCUAUGCUUCUCAACCUAGUAAAUAAAGUGUAAAUCUCUUUAUUUUUUCCAUAGUCGCUGAGUUCUCAGUUAAUUAAUAAUUUAUUUCCUGCUUUAAUUAACUAUUUCUAUUCCAUUUUAAAAGCUCUUAAACCUUAACUCUUGUGUUUUCCCUUAAACAGGAGUUGAAGAGGCACAAAGCUGUGGUGUAGUCUUGGAGCCUCUAACUCUAAGCCAGAGGCACCUCAAAAGUCCAGUCAAUAUUACUCUGAAAUGCACUAUGACCAGCUGGAAUGCAGUGCAUGCUGGGAGCUUUCACACACAGAGCUGGAUACUGCGAAGCACAUUGUCAGGACUGUCAGUCCAAGAGACUUCAUUGUUUCAGCAGUUUGUAAAAUCCCUCCAAGCACAAGGGCUACACAUGGUAAGGAUUGUGUCUGUUCAAAAUAGCAACUCUCAUUUAGCUGUGAAGAGCUAGCUAGUUUUCAAUAUUUAUUUGUCACAUUUAUGACUCAUUCUACUUGUUGAGCGUUCAGUAGUACAUGUAUCACUUUUUCCAGGGGAGAUCUUAUAUUAGCCUGAGUUGCACCUUUCAAAACCUCAGAUAUAGAGCUGAAUCAGAUAUUUUGGCACCAUUCUCUAGUCCAGGGAUUACCAUACUGUGGUCUGUGAACUGCUAGUGGUCCAAGACCUUCAUUCAGGUAGUCUGUGGUGUAUCUAUAAAAAUACAUUUACAUAUCCUACAGCAUCUAGCACAGAGUGCAAUACCCUUUCCACAACAGGCAGAAAAGUCAUUAAGUGAUUUACCAAGAUUCUGAGCAGUUUUCAAGUGGUCCAUGUCUAUGCACUACAAAUACUGAGGGUUGUCCUGAAUACUGAAUAGUGUUUCCUUUCUGAGCAAAGGUAGAGCUGCCUACAUGAUUUUUUUUUUCUUCCUUACCUUUUUGAAAGGUUGCUGAAGUGUCUCCAUCUGGGGCCUAUUGUCCCUGUACUGGGAUUUUCUCUCCCACCUCGAAUACCACUGCAGUUCUUUCUUUACUCUGUGCCGAGAGAGCACCAGAAGUUGAGAGAGCCUUCCUUCAAACAGCUCUAGAAGGGAAUCUUUCGAAAGAGGAGUCUAGCCUUCCAGAAAUCGUGAGCGGCGUGGUAAAUCAAGUUGGUGAUGACUUUGAUCUGGCAAGUUCUGGUACGUUUACAUGCUUGCUUGCUUAGAACUUUCCAGUGAACCCCACCCAUGUUGUUUCGUCUGCUGAGGAAUCCUCAGGCCUGCUGUGCCUCUUGUUUUAUUUAUUUAUUUAGAUUUUUAGCCUCCCUUUCAAUCAACUGGUUUACAAUGGAUUAUAACCACACAUAACAGACACACAACUUUUCAGCCCUGAAUUCUCUUUGGUUGGAGCCAAGGCACACUUCCAUUCAGCUGUUCAGUUGGAGCUAAGUGAUUUCCAGGAGAGUGUGGGUGGGGAGAGAGCAAGCUCCCUACAGCUGCUCCUUCUCGUCAGUGGAUGAGGCCAGAGUGGUCUUCCCCUUGCCAUGAUGUUCUUCCUGGGUGAUGCAGGAAGAACAUCAUGGGGGAUGCAUCAAGGGGAUGCAGUUUCCCAAUGGCCCUUGGUUCCAUAGUUCCAACAGAAAUCAACCAGAGUUGCUUCCCUUCAGUUCUCCACUAACAGUGCCCUACUUGAAUUGAGAAACAUGCCCUUAAAACAUAACCCACCUUCUCUUGCAGCUGCACAUUGCAGGGGAAAGUUGGUAACGAGGAGAAAGGCAUCUUUAAUCAGAGCAUCUCAUUGAGAAACCCCAGAUAACUAUCCAAGAAACUCCAGUGUUUGCUGGAAUAUAGCUUUAAAGCCACUGGUCUAAAAGAGUGAUGCCCUGCCUGUUUAAAGCAGUUUUGUGGGCAAAAUGUAUCUAAUGUCUGUGGUGUGUUGGGGAGGACGGGGUGUUUGAAUCUUUGCUCUGGUUAGUUUGCUAUAGACUCAUCCAUAUUGUUGGAAAGUAGAAUUGUACGCAGAUGACUUGGAAAAUGAACUCUGGGGAAUUAAUUUCUAAGUAAUUGAAAUAAAAUAUCACCUUGAAGUAUUUUUUUAAAAGAAAAGUAUGGCAUAAUAAAUAGUUAAAUAACUAAAUAAACAUGCAUAACAUUUGCAGCAACUUCAUUCCUAACUGUGGGAUAGACUGCAGUCGUUACAAUUCUUGGAUGUUUUUAUUCUGUCUUUGCAGACCCAGCAGAAACUCUGAUUCCAGAGUGGGCACAGCAGGAGCUGUCCUGCACCCACCCCUGGAGUCCUGCCGUGAUUGAAGGCUGGUACUCUUUCUCAAACCUCUGUGGAGCAAGUUCUCACUUGAUGGAAUCAUUCAGGUGAUUCUUUUUUGCUCUGCCUUCAAAGCCAGUCUAAUUUUGGGAAGAGCAGGUCUGUGAUGUGGAGGGUUCUAUAAUCAGCCUUACAAAAUAUACAGUCGUACCUUGGAAGCUGAAUGGAAUCCAUUCCGGAAGUCCGUUCGACUUCCAAAACAUUCGGCUUCCAAGCGCAGCUUCCAAUUGGCUGCAAGAAGCACCGCCAGACAUUCAGCUUCCAAAAGAACGUUCACAAACCAGAACACUCACUUCCGGGUUUGCGGUGUUCAGGAGCCAAAACGUUCAACUGCUAAGGCGUUUGUCAACCAACGUAGGACUGUAUUUGUAUUGGCUAUGCCUUAUCAGUUUUUUUUUCUUCUUCACAUGGUAUUUCCAUGUUAUUUCCAUGGUAUUUCCAUGUUAAAUAAAUGCAAAAUUAGAAUUAUAUAAGAUAUGGUUUUCAGAGCUUCACAUUUCAACAUGAAUGAAUAUGUCCUAUUCGGACAAGAGAUUGGCCUCAGGUCUAGGAUGACUAGGAAGACUUGCAGAGUUCAGCGGAGCUGGUUAGACAUGCUACAUAUUGCAAGCUUUCAACUGUAGUGGAAAGGAAAAUCUUUGCUUUUGCUGUCAAAAUAAGAUUUAUAAACAGAAGCAAUCUUUCCCUACACAGGUUGCUGCAGGCAGGGUCUUCUACUGAGGAAAAGGAGGCUCCAAAGCAUGAAAGGGAACUUACCCACUGUCUGUCUGAAUUUUACCAGAAGAAAGCCUCUGGCAUCUCUGCUACAUCCCAACAGCGGGAUCACAGGAAGAGACGUAUGCACAUUCCACUGUCACUUGUCUACCCUCUUCCAUUCUUCAAGAUAGCUGCCUCUCUUGUGCUUUAAUAAACACUCUGCUUCUACUUUCAUUUUUUAAAAAGCUACUUUAUAUGCAUGUGGUAUUCUUUUCUUCUGUUGGAUGUGGUUCACUAUGAUUUCUCUAACUCCAAGUUAUGCCUAUGUCUAUUGAUUUGAGCAGGCGAAGUUCCCCGGACUCCUGUUAGGCAAAAAAUGAAGACCAUGCCUCGCUCCCUUCAAAUGCUAAACGCUGCAAGGCUGAAUGUAAAGGCUCAAAAGUUCCAGCCAGAUGGAGAGCUGCCAGUCAGUGAGAAUGUUUCCCAAAAGUUAUUACCGAGAAGAUUGAAUGAUAAAGUGGAAGAAAGGGGGGAAGCAAAGAAAACCAAGAUAGGUAUGUACAAAAUGAAGUCCUCUGCCCAUCCUGUGUUUUGGAGAGUGCAAGAGAGAGGCUUUGUAGGAGAAGCAAUGGGUUUUGCAAUGGCUUCGGAAGUAGAGGGGGAAGGAAAAUGUUUAGAAUAUUCUAGCUACAAGAGCAUGAGUAGAAGGCACUGUGCUAAAUGUAGUAGAAUUGUGGAGUAUUUCUUGCUACUGUUGGCACCAGUAUGGGGACUAGUGCAAUCUGUGAGCCAAGGUAUGAGAAACCUGCAAUGGUAGAAUUGCUUUUUUAUUGCUCCCUCACUGGAAAAAGCAUUUAUGAAAGAACGUUCUUUCAUGUGUGGUGGACCUGUAAAAGGGUAAAAGAGUAUUGGGAAAUCAUUUAUAAUGAAUUGGAAAAAAAAUGUUUAAAAGCACCUUUCCAAAAAAGCCUUUCCAAAAAACCCCAGAGUCCUUUUUGUUGGGGAUAAUUCAGACUUAAAUUCCCAAAUGUCAAAAAAUGUUUUGUUAGCCCCAAAAUGGAAAACGAGCGAGGUCCCAACCAAAGAAGAAUGGCAGCUUAAACUGAUGGAAUAUGUGCAGCUUGCGGACCUAACAUACAGAAUAAGAGAACAAGAAGAACAUGAAUUUAGAAAAGAUUGGAAAAUGUUUAUUGAAUAUACGGGGGGAAAUUGUGUACACUUGAAAACACUGGCAGCAAUAAGAAAUAUUCAACAGUGUAAACAAGUUUUGAUGGAAGUAAUAAUCGAAUACUGAAUGGUUUAGUUUAUAUAAAAUCUGCAGGGAUUUAUGCUGUGUAAAAUGAACCAUGGAAAGAGAAGGGAAGUCACUUAUAUUUUAAGGUUGUAUAAAUGAAUACUCCAAAUUGUAAAACAGAAACUUUAAUAAUUUUUUUUUUUAUAAAAAAAGGAAAAAGCAUUUAUGGUUGCCUACCUCGUGGGUAGUCAACACGGUGUCCUCCCGCUGUGGUCAUACUUGAAUUCCCUUAGCCCCAGCCAUCAUGGCCCAGUGGUUGGGGUAAUGGAAGUUCAAGUCCUGUCUACACCUGGAGGACACCAUGUGGCUACCCCUGGCCAUUCCUUUCUUUUACCUAAUAAGGUAUGUGUUUCAAAUAAUCCUUUAACACUAUUCCUUAAGUGUUUGAUUGCAUGAACUGUUCAUGGCAAGUUCCUGAUUCCCCCUUCCCACUUUGGUUUACCUAUGUGUGCAUUUGUUUUGUAGGCUUCAGGACUGAGGAGGAGAUGCUUUCUUUUAUAUCUACAAACUACCAGAAGGCGGUGACAAGCGGAGAUAAUUUGUUUGCGUAUGCCCAGGAGACGGUGGCAGCUGUUAAUGCGUUGCAGAAAUCAAAUGAGGUAGGGUAGCUAGACAUGCCUGCUUUUCCAUUUAAAUAUAAACAUAUAGGAAGGUGUUUGGGGGUAGGAAGAAUGUACAACAGGUUCUUAAAACAGGAGGCGAUUUCAUGCCAUUUUAGAGUUGGAAUGAAAAUGGAAGAAAAUGCUGGAUAUUCAGGCAGCAGCACCAAUGAGGCCUUUCUUUACAGAUCUCUGUCUGCCUGCAAUGAGCACAACUUUGUGGGACACAGAUGUCUUUUGCUGUAAAACAUACCAUCCAUUGACCUCUUUUGGCAACAUGCUUUGGGGAAAUUUCGCUGGGGUUUUUUUCUUUUUUGCCGGUUUAUAUUCCUCCCUCCAGCCCCUCUAAUAAUCAGAACAAGGAUUCUGUUCUUGCACAAACCAAGAUACUUCAUCACAAAAAGGAGGUCCCUUUCAGCUCAGUCCUAGAUUAUUCAUCCAGAGCAGAGUUUUGGAACCUGUUGCUGGACUACAACUCACAUCAGCACCAACCAGUAUGGCUCGCGGUUGGGGGUGAUGGGAUCUGUGAUCCGCCGACAUCUGCAGGGUCAAAGGUUCCCCACCCUAAUCCAGAGCAAUAAAUUGCAGGAAUUGUGCUUCAAGCACAGUAGCAACAUUCCCAGUGUUGGGAUAUAUUUCCUGGUGAGAAUCAGUGUGUUUGCUAAGGUCAAAUUAGAUGGCAUGUUACAUGCAUGGUUGUGCUUAAUGUCUCAUCUGGUUUGGUGCUAAAUCUUGCUGGCAGUGGCAAAUACACAUUUUUGUGUUGUACAUGCCCUUUUCUUAAUAAAUCAAUUAAAAACCUUUAAUCCUUGAACCUAGUUGUUUGUCCACUGCUAUUUGAGUUUACAUGCUGGGUGUAACUGCACUGAACCUAGGAAAUACUUAAAAAAACUGAAGUUGGUAGGAAGCCUGAAGGUAAAGAGCCAGUGUUAACAUUUUAUAUCCUAACACAAAACCCCCUAGAAGUCUUAACCCUGUUGCUCCUGAAUGUCUCCUUGACACUGAUCAUUCUGUCCGCUCAAAUAUUUCAUUUUGCCCUUGCAAUUAAACAGUUCAGCUGUUAUUUCAUUGCAUUUCUUCUAAAGUUGCUGUCUGUCCUCGGAGCGUUACAUGCUUUCUGAUUUUAAAUCUACAGGCAGCUGGUGUGGAUACAAUCCGAAGCAAUCUCCUGAAAACCAGCAAAGCCCUCCGUCAGCAGCUUGGGAACGAUCCUGAUAAGGAAAUCAAAGUCAGAGAGUACGAGAUGCUAUUACUUUCCCAGAUAGGUUGUUCUGAUAAUUGUGGAAUAGAUUGCUGUAGUGCUGAAGAGAUUGCCUUACCAAAUUCUCUUGUGCAGUAGUGGAGGAAUUCACUAGUGAACGCUACAAAAAUAACAAUUGCCCUUUGUUUUAAUUUUCAAGGAUAUCUUUGUGUAGUGGUGUGUACCAUCUAGAUAAUAUGCUGAAUGUGUAAACAACCUUGCAAAAUCACUUUAUGUUAAUCUGUUUUACAAUGUUUGUAUACUGCUUUUGAUAGGCAGCUAUCACCCUUGCACUAACAAACCAGAAUACCAGUCAAUAUCCAUGGUAUCUUAACAAUAACGUGUGGCUCCUUGCUCAGCUUUUUGGAAGAUGGUGGCAGCAAGGAAGGCACUGGGUGGAAACAUUUGUAGCUCUUCCUGCUGCUAAUGUCGCUACUACUCUCAGCAGGUGUUAUAAAAUUGGCAGCAGGGCAUACCUUCUCUUCCAUUCAUAUUUCCCUCUCCCUCUCUUUAACAGGUGUCAGCUUCAGGUCUAUCUGCGCCUUGAAAUGUGCCUGCAGUGCCCUUCUUUGCAAAAUAGCACAGAUGAGAUGGAACAGCUUGUGGAAGAGGUAGAUGAACAAGCCUUGCCUCUGGGUUCCAGAAGUUGAAAACAGCAAUUCUCAGCCAGCAUGUGAAAUCUUCACAUCUCAAUUGCUGUUGAGCAGCAACUAUGGUCUUGGUGACCCGGCCAGCAUAUAAUGUGGAACCAAACAAUAACUUAGCACAAAUGAACAAACGUGCUACUUCCUGGUGUGAAGAUCACUGCCGUUGCACUCUUCCCCUGGUCUUGCUACUGAUGGACUAUGCAGGGCUAAGCUAUUGUUUGUCUCAGGGUUAAUGUCCAAACCCGGGUUUGUGGUUUAUCUCAUUCCAGACAAGUCACAAGCUUGUAACCAAAGUUUGUUCUUAGUGUACCACUCCUUGUGUGUCUGCUAGGUUUGAGAUGCACUGCUAAUUUAAACAUUGACGUAACCAUGCCAAUCGAUUAAACAUGUCAGUUGACAUGUUUAAUCAGAAAAAAGUCAUUGUUAACAUUUGUUAAAGACUUUUUUGCAUGAAAAAGAAAAUGAAUUACCGGUAAUUAAAUUUGGAUUUGAGGAAUGAAGAUAAGGUUUGUUUUUUAGAAAGUGGCUUUGUUGGGUGUUAUAUUGGAGUAGAUGAAGUGAAUAUUGUUUAUAUAUAGCUGACAGACGAAGUCCCCUACCUUCUGAUUUAUUUCUUUUCCUUUAUUUCUCUCUUUCUCUUUCUUUAUUCCUUUCUCCCCUUCCCUCGCCAUUUCUCUUUAUGUUUUUUAUUGCAAGAUUAAAGUCUUAGUUUGGAUAAAAAGAAAAAAAAUGAUACUAAGUUUUCUAUUUUUCUCCAUAAGCCUCGAAAAAAUGUAUUCAAACAAACAUUGACUUAACCCUGGAUUGCAUGGGUCUAGGAAAGGAGCACAGCAGCCCUAGUGUUCACCCCAGGAACCUGCAUGUUUGCUCAUGUGCGCUUAAGUCGAGGUUUGGCUUUAUGUUAUAUCUGAACAAAGGUCAAUGAGGCCAUAGUGGAAACAGUAGAGCUUCACAUUUGUCUGUUCAUGCUAAAUCAUGCUUUGGCCUGGCAUUACAUGUGAACUGGCCUGCUAUCAUUAACCCUUGACCAAUUUUUUGCCGCUCAACUUGCUUGCAGAUGACAGAGAUGCUGCGGAUUUUGUGUUUGACUGAAGACCCAGGAUACCUUGCCAGGUUUUUGGAAGAAGUUGUAGAAACGUAAGUGCUCUUGUGUGCUGGCUAAUUUUAUUCAUUCAUUUACAAAACGAUGAGUGGAGCAGGGAAGGCUGAACAAAUUCUGUUAUGCAGAGGACUUGAGAGCUGCAUGACUAUUAAUGCAGAACGUGAGCUAAAGAGCUGGUUAUCUGAAUUGCCAGUAUUUUAUAUUUACCAUUCUUUUUUUUUCUUUUUUAUAAUAAUUUUUAUUCAUUUUUCCAUUAUACAAGUUUACCAUAACAAAUCAUUUUCAUAAAUUUCAACUUUUUGACUUCCAUCAGCUUCUCUGUCAAUCAUCCAUAUUUAAGUUUUUGUUACGCAUUCCCUAAAUUUAAUAUUGCCUUUUAGUAUACCUCUCCUAACCUGUUUUCCUUUUUUACAAUACUCCUCUAACUUUCACAGAGCUUCUUUAAAUCUCACUAGCGUUGUUUGUUCAUCACAUAUACUUUCCAGAUAUUCUGUGAAUUUCCCCCAGUCCUCAGUGAACUUGUGCUCUCGUUGAUAUCUAAUCUUCCCAGUUAGUUUGUCCAGUUCUGCAUAGUCCAUAAGUUUCAUUCUCCAUUCUUCCACAAUUGGUAAAUCCUCCUGCUUCCAUUCUUGGGCCAUUAAUAUUCUUGCUGCUGUUACAGCAUAUUGGAAAAGUUUACAGUCCCUUCUAUUUAUCUCUCUUCCUGUUAUUCCUAGAAGAAAAGCUUCUGGUUUCUUUACAAAUGUAUAUCUCAACAUCUUCUUCAAUCCAUUAUAAAUCAUCUCCCAGAAACCCUUCACUUUCUUACACUCCCACCACAUAUGAUAAAAUGACCCUUCUUUUUCUUUACAUUUCCAACGCUUAUUACAUGUUUUAAACAUUUUUGCUAAUUUAACCGGUGUAAUAUACCAUCUAUAUAGCAUUUUCAUAACAUUUUCCUUUAACGUAAUACAUGCUGUAAAUUUUAUAUUUUCUUCCAUAUUUUUUUCCCAAUCUUCCAAUUGUAUAUUAUAUCCAAAAUCUCUGGCCCAAUGUAUCAUAACCGAUUUGACUUCCUCAUCCAUCGUAUGCCAUUCCAACAGUAUUUUGUACAUUUUUGACAGUAUCUUAUAAUUAUUUAUUAUUUCAGUUUGGAAUUUCGAUUCUUUUUCUAAAUAUCCACUCUCUUUAAGAUUUUUUUUAAACAUUUCAUUUACUUGGAAAUAAUGCAACCAGCCAAACACGUAUUCUUUUACUUGUUCAUAUGGUUUCAUUUUCCAUUUUCCUCCUUCUUUAAUUAUCAGUUCUCUAUAUGUAACCCAACUCCCUCUCAUAUUAAUUUUCUUUAUACUCCUAACCUCUAAUGGUGACAGCCAGUGUGGAACUUUUGGUUCUAAUAGAUUUCUAUACCUAUCCCAUAUUUCUAUUAAAGAUCUCCUGAAGAUAUGGUUCUCAAAUCCUUUGACUUUUCUUCUUUUCUAACCAUAAAUACGCAUGCCAUCCAAAUCUGUUAUCAAAUCCUUCUAAAUCUAGCAAUUUUGUAUUUUUAAAUUUUAUCCAUUCUUUUAACCAACAGAGACACGAUGCUUCGUAAUAUAAUUUCAAGUCUGGCAGGGCAAAGCCUCCUUUUUCCUUCGCAUCUGUUAAUAACUUGAAUUUUAUUCUCAGCUUUUUGCCCUGCCAUAUAUACCUUGAAAUUACUCUUUGCCACUCUUUAAAGAUCGUUGUCCCUUUAAUUAUUGGAAUCAUUUGGAAUAAAAAUAACAUCUUUGGAAGCACACUCAUUUUAAUCGUUGAAAUUCUACCCCAAAAGGAAAAUUUCAUCCUUCCCCACACCUCCAGAUAUAUUUACCAUUCUUAGGCUCAUUGCAGCCUUCCUGAACCAGAAUUAAAACAAAAUUGACUGUAUUUCAACUUAUCACUAUUUAAAUAGUUGGGGAUGUUUCAAAUUAAGUCUAGGGUGUUUUUUUCUUCUCUAGCUGCUACAAAUUUAUUUGGGGUUGCAUCCAACGUUAGUCUUACUCAGAGUAGGUCCACUGAAAUUAAGAGACAAGACCAACUUAGGUCCAUGAAUUUCACCGAGUUUAAUCUAAAGAACACUUUGGUUUCUUUUGGUUGAUGUUUGUUUGUUUAAAGUUUCCAAAUAUAGACCAGAGUACUUGGGUAGUACUGUUGCUUGAUGGAGUGUAGUAAAUUUAUUUAUUCACUUGUAGGCAUACUUAUGGUAAAGGUAAAGGGACCCCUGACCAUUAGGUCCAGUCGUGGCCGACUCUGGGGUUGUGGCGCUCAUCUCGCUUUAUUGGCCAAGGGAGCCGGUGUACAGCUUCCAGGUCAUGUGGCCAGCAUGACUAAGCCGCUUCUGGCGAACCAGAGCAGCGCAUGGAAACGCUGUUUACCUUCCCACCGGAGCGGUACCUAUUUAUCUACUUGCACUUUGACGUGCUUUCGAACUGCUAGGUUGGCAGGAGCAGGAACCGAGCAACGGGAGCUCACCCCAUCGCGGGGAUUCAAACUGCCAACCUUCUGAUUGGCAAGUCCUAGGCUCUGUGGUUUAACCGACAGCGCCACCCGUGUCCCUUUGUAAGCAUACUUAUAUACCAUCAAUUCAUUAGCGAUAUCAGAACAGUGUGUAACAAAUCUGUAGGUGGUAUAUUGCUUUAUUUCACUGGUUAAGAUUUCUACCCAUCGAUUUCAAUUGGCCCUACUUUUGAGCAAACAUACAGAAGAUCUCAGGUGGCACAAUGGGUCAGUGAUUCUGGCUCUUAGCCAGAAGGUUGGUGGUUCGAGCCCACCCAGGGGGUUGGACUCAAUGACCCUCAGGGUCCCUUCCAACUCUACGGUUCUAUGAUUCUAAGAUUGCACUGUGAAUCCACUGAAGGCACAACAAGUAUUUUGGUUGCUCAGCUGGAUACCUGGUUGUGUGAAAACUUUCUGGCUGGGCUAAAUCGUCAAAUGAAGGAAACAUAACUCAGUUGGGAAAGAGGGAUAAUUGGGCUAGUAGUGAGUGAACAUGCCUUCUGAUUAAUUUAUUUUUAUGGCAGAUUUGUAUGCUUUCCAUUAUUGCCACAACCACCCCUCUUCUUCAACUGAAACCAUAGGCAUACUCUUAAAAGCAAGAGCUUGCAAGUUUAAUAAUAAAGUUGGGUGCAGAAUCAGGUAACAAAAUCUCACAAAGGUUAGAGUCCUUGGUAAGUAGCAUGUCUGAUGCAUGCUUGUGUUACGAUGUCUCUGUAGGUAUCUGGAAUCUAUGCCAAAGACCCUUGGGGAUUUGUACUACAGUCUGGGGACACAGAUUCCCCCAAAGCUGGCCUCUGUCCUGCCAGCAGACUUCUUCAGUGACGAUUCCCUCAGUCAGGAGAGCCAAACCCCAUCCCUGCCUCCUUCUGCAUCCUCAGUUCCUGUUUCCAGAACAGCUUCCUUAAGUACCGAUGCAGAACAACUGGAAGAACUACGCACCAGAUCUGCCAAGAAAAGGUGACUGCAAGGCGUAAAUGGCAUUGGAUUAAAAUUAGACUGGGUUGCAAUUUCUUUCUGAAUAAGGAAAUUCCUUCUGAAGUUUAUCAAAGGAUAUUGCAAACAUUUCAAAGGUGUGCCCAUGUGGGCUUCCUGUUGGUGUUAGAUUACCUUGAGGGCAGCAUGGGAGAAUGUCACUUUGUGUUGAAAACAAUGAACCUUAUUUCAAGGUGGCUGCAUGAAAAGCCCCUACUUUUUUAAAAAAAUGUUGAAAUGUAAUUGUGCGCCUUGCUCAAGAUUUUACUUGGUACUUCUAGAAAGAACACGCUGGGCAGACACCGGAGUGUAACAGAAGCAUCACAGAACUUGCGCCAAAUAGAGAUUCCUCAAGUACCCAGAAACCGUACUAGGAAGGUAACGUUUCCUCCCCCCCCCCCCCCGCAAUAUCUUUCUGGAAAACCAGAAAAUGCAUGUAGCAGCUGUAAAACUCCUGUGUCUCUAUGCCUGUUUGAAUAGUCUUUCUGAUGUUAAAACACCUUUAUAUGGAAAGCUGUUACACUGAUUUAGUUUUCACUGGAACAAAGGGAAGUCCUUUUCUAAAUAAAUGGAUUUCAGUUUCCGGCAUUAUUUUUUCCAAAUUACCUAUAAAUAGAUGUAAUUCCGAAAUCAUUCUAAUACUAUAUUCUAAUAAUUCAGGACAGCUCUCAUGUGUGCCUUGGUGUGAAAUCAGUACCAUCUGUACAGAAAGUGGCAGUGCAAGGUAAACUUCUUCCUUCCUUCCUUAUUAGAGAACUAGAUGGUAGGGCUGUGUGAUGAUUCAGAUUAAUCCCUUGGAGGGAUUUUGGGGCUUCUCAAGAGGUGAAGCAAGAGGUCUGUAUAAAGUGGCAUUUAUCCACCUACUAGUGGACCUAUUAGUUUGCAAUUUGGCGAGUUUCUUCCCCAGGGGCAUCUCUCCUGUCCUCAAUUUUCAGACCAAUUGCCCACAAUACACUAGGAGAAAUUCAAUAAUUCCUUUUUUUUAUCCAUCCCAAAACUGUAACCACUGCAGCUGACUUUCUCAAAUUUGGCACAGUGCUUGGUUUAUUUAAAGAAUAUCCAUAUAUAUGUUUUAAAAGCUUUGUCCAGGCUUAUGAGGAUGGAAAUAAUUUUAUAUUUACCAAACUUUUCUCUUUUGAUCCAACAAUAAGUGCCAUGAAAUGUGCAUUUAUUGCCAGAGUCCCUAGUGUCUAUCGAUAGUAAUCCAGAAUGUAUCACUGAAUUCAGGUUGUGCAUUGUGGAGAGAAGCAAUUCGUAUCUCCACUGCGUUCAACAGGAUACGUGAUUCAGUUCAGCAGCAAUGCAUUUGGGCUCUAUGUGAUUCAUAUUCUGGAUCUUCUUAAUUUCUUGAGAGUUAGAUCCAGUGGUAAUCCUACUCAGAGUAGAGCCACUGAAAUUGAUGGACAUGACUAACUAAGCCCAUUAAUUUCAAUGGGUCUACUUGGGAUAGAAAUUAGUUGGAUACAACCCAGUGUCUUCCUUUUGGUUCUCUGUGUGUCCAGGAUUUAAAAGAAAGAAAAAAAUACAUAAUUAUGAAAAAAAUUAAUCUGACACUUUAUAUUAAUUCUCGGAUUUUGAACUGCACAGAAAGAUAAUAUUUUCUCCAGAGUGCUUUGUCUUGUGAACAGCAAUCAAAACUCAGUUCCUUCUUUUGGCUUUUUGAUGCUUCCAGAAGUGACAAAGGUACGAAGGAACCUCUUCAAUGAAGAAAUGCUUCCUCCAGGCAAAAGAUCCCUAUCAAAGAUUCCUCGAAGCCAGUCAGUAUCAGCUGUAGAAGGUUUAAAAAACAGGCGGAACCAAGCUAAGGAGUGUGCAAGAGGUGAGAGGUUAGAUAGAUAGAUAAUUUACUACGGUCGGAGACCAGCUUAUAAAACACACUUGGGGUACAGUCACAGAAGGAAAACAAGCAAUUGAAACAAUGUACAACAAUAAAUUUAAAAACAAUGUACAACAACAAACUACCGCAGGGAGCUGACCCAGAGUCACCCAUAGAACCAAGUUUGGGGAUUUUCUUAACAAACUAGUUUGAGAUGGGAGAUGGUCUCCACCUACAGAUCUGUACACAGAAUCUGGUGACCACCUGGGUCGUCUUCUGAUCUUUGCCUAACAGGAGAAGGUCGCAUUUUUGCUUUUCCGGGAGGUCAGGGAGCCUCACCAGUAGGAGAUCAGUGGUCUUACUACGUGCCUCUUCAUAAAAGGGACAUCUAAAGAACAGGUUCUCUGGGCUUCCUAUCUCCCCCAAUGAACAGGCGCAAAGUCUCUGAGCAUAUGGGACUUUUUUAAAGGCUCCUUCCAGGAACGGCGAGCUAUAUAUCUCUCGAUUGUCCCAUUGUCUCUCGGUCUCAAUGAUUGUUUAGGUGAGAGGUUACUUAAAUGAGUGCUUUGCUGUACAGGCAGCGACUGUUGUGCGUGCGUCCGAUCUGUGCGCAACACAUGCAUUGCUCCAAACCCAGAAGUGACCCAAAAACAUCACAAAAGGGGAUGAGGCGGGGGCAGAACAGGGGGUUUGCAGGCUUUUUCAAUAGUGUUUCAGAUAUACACAAUUUCACUUAAAUGUGUGGUGCCUUGGAACGUAACUCCCACUGCUUGUCUUGGCUUAUGUAGGAUGGCUGACGCAAAAGCAGUAAGUGGGAAAAUAUGGAACACCAGGGAAGGUGUCUACUAUGGAAGGGAUUAAGUGAAUGUGGAGCCAGGAGGACUUCCCACCCCAGAGAGUCAAAGGGUAUUUUGGAAGGGAAGGGAAGGGAAAACCUUAGAUGCGGGGGCUGAAGCCGUUUGCAAUCUGAAAAAGUACUUGCUUCUAAACUUCAAAACGUCAAAUAUGUUAUCCUCACCUGGCUUACACAAUGCAAGUCAUUGUGCAGACUUGCUACCUUGCGAUAAUUAUUCUUUGGUCCUUUUCAGAUAAUCUCAAACUGCUGACCAAGAGUGUGGCAGAAACACCGUUGCACAAGCAGAUCUCCAGGCGGCUGCUGCACAAGCAGAUUAAAGGCCGGUGAGUGAAGGCACCAGAUUCACUGAUCAAGCAACUUACUGUUUUUGGUAGAAAGUGGAACUUUUCUGGAUACCUUUCUGCACUUGGAUGCCCUUUGCCAUUGUGCUUGAACUUCUAAAGCAAUGUUUCCUUCAUAGGAAUUCAGACCCUGGAUCUGAAGUUGGCAUUGUAGAAGAAUCUCCUGAAAAAGCCAUACCAUGUAGGUGUUGAUUUUAUGUGACCUUUUUAUUUGCAUGUUUGGGGAGCUCCAGCUCUUUGGCUAUAGCUUAAAUUCAUUUGUUAACAGAGCAGAAGGUGGCAAAAAUUCCGAUUUUUAUUUCAUUUUUAUCCUACCUUUCGUUCAAGGAGUUCCGGACAGUUUACAGUGGGUAUGGGGAACAUGUUGGAUUCCAACAUCAGUCACGGCCAUCCAGCAUGGUCAAUGGUAGUCCAGCAAUAUCUGGGAAGAUCACUGGUUCUCCCUCCAUUUUAUCAUCUCAACACUCGGACACGACUAAAUGACUAAACAACAGCAACAAAAUGCUGAGUUGCAGCACCAGUUCUUAGAUUCCCCUUUAUUGGUGGCACUGACUUGGUACUAUAUGGCUGUGAGUUUAAAGACGAACCUUGUUUCUUCCACAUACAAACCCAAAGGUGGAUUAAGAAGAAGUCCACGGAUCAAGCAACUUUUACAGGAUAGAGCAGUCUCUGGUUCCUUCUACUGCUCUCAACCCAGCAAGAAGAGUGUACAGCAAAUGCAGUCGGAAGCACCUGAUGUACAAGACAGUUUAACAGGUAUGGAAGCAAGCAACGGAUUGCUUUUGGUUCCAGGGAUUGAUUACAAGAUUGGCUUGAACACAUGAGAGUUCAGUCAGAGGCAAAGUAGAUGCUGCUUUAUUUUACCUGGGUCUUCCUACUGUGCUGUUUGCUCCACCUGCAACUUUUCUAUUGUUUAUUUGCUUGGGAGAUUUUGUACUUUUCUUCUAAUGCUUGUUUGAUGUUGUACUGUCAUGAAAAACUCUAUAAAUGAAAGGUAUUUUUUUUAGGCAAAGUAGACGUUAAUCUACAUCUGCUGGAUGUUCAAGCUCCCUUAUCUUUCCCCAUCAAAACAAAUUGAUUAGCCAGUAAUAAUAAAAAAUGAUAGAUACUCGUUUCUCAAACAGACUGAUUUUCACACAAAAUCAGCAACACACGACGACGUGUGGUGAGCUUGCUGCAUCCUUUCUUUCAGAACAUUGAAGGGAGAGGUAAGCCAGCCUCCUUGGGUAAGGUAUUCCACAGGUACGGUACCACAACCUAAAACUACUCUCCCUAUAUUUCCUUGGAGGUGGACAGCCCCACUUCUCAGUGGUAGAUGGAUUGGCACAGAAAACUACUGUCUAACAAACAAUCACCUGGGUCCUACUCCUACUUUCAUUCAUUCCUUCUACAGGCCUCAUAGUCCGCUAGUGAUAUUCAUAUAUCUGCCAUAAGUAAAGUUGUACCUCAGGUUAAGAACUUAAUUCGUUCUGGAGGUCCGUUCUUAACCUGAAACUGUUCUUAACUUGAGGUACCACUUUAGCUAAUGGGGCCUCCUGCCGCUGCGCAGUUUCUGUUCUCAUCCUGAAGCAAAGUUCUUAACCUGAGGUACUAUUUUUGGGUUAGCGGAGUCUGUAACCUGAAGCGUCUGUAACCUGAGGUACCACUGUACAUGAUAGAGGGCAAUUUGAAGCAGAUAGUAAAAGGGAGGUCUAACCUGUCCCUGCAUGCUAACUUGUCCCUCCAGUUGCAGUUGUAGGCGAUACCUGCCACUUGUUGCUGCUGAAAGUAAUUAUUCCACUUUGUCACUGCAGAGACCAAGGUUUGUAUGGCACGGUCUCUCAGCGUAGCAAGUCAGUCAUACAUUUAGUCAGACAUCUACAAGUUGGAAAUGUUUGGUUUGUAGUUACUAACUAGUUCAUGCCAAUGUGGGUAGCCAGGAACAUGCUGCCUUAAAAGCUUGAGCCUACAGCAGCUGACACUUGUGUGGACUGUUUGCUAUCUUUUUGUUUUACAGGCUUAGCAUCUCCUCUUGUGAAAAAAGCCACCCAGUCCCCAAAGAGCCUUCUCUUUGGAGCAGUUCUUGAUGUGUUUGGUUCUGAAGGGAUGGACUCACCCAGAACAAGAAGAAAAACUUUAGCCUCCAGUGAGCUUGUUUAUCAGGUAAAAUUGCUGUCUUAUGUUUCUUUCCAUACCUACUUAUCUAGUCUACAUGCCACCUUAAUUUCCCACUUCUAGUGUACAGCCUUAAUAUGUAACGUCAAUAGUCAAAUACAUAAGUGAUUCUGUAAGUAGAAAUGAUAUUAAGCGCCAUAUGUAGUCUGUUCUGUUGCUGUAGUCCUAGACAAAAGCAGUUACCCAUUUUCACUCUCCUUCCACAGACACCAAGGAAAGCAUCCCUUCGGUCUUCUCCAAAGCUCUUAAGUCCCCCUAAUAACACACCAGGAAGAACUAUUCUGGAGAAGCUACAGCAGACACCCCAAAAGAGCCGAGCCCCAAAGCAUAGUGCAGCCAAAAGUUUGGGAAAUCUCUUCUCACCUUGUAGACAGAAGAGCAAGUCCUUGCCUGAAGCCACUGAAAAGAAAGGGGAUUGUUUUGCACGCACGGCUCUGAUGAAGGAAAUAUUUUCUUCCCCGCACAAGGCAGCACAGCUGCAAACAUCUGGAAUGCAGGCAGGGGAUGAGGUGCCUGAUGAUGUAUUUGCUUCGCCUGCAAGUGGCUCCUGUUCGGCAGCUGCUCUGCUCUCUCCAGUCCCAUCAAAUUCACCAGGAACAUGGCUCUCACAACUGCAGUCCCCAAGGCGCUCCUUGAGGGUUGCCUGGAGAAUUGCCUCUCCAGCUUCUGCUCAGAAACAGCCUCUUGAGGCAGAACAACUUACAGAGCCACUUUCAGCAUUGGAGCUGGACUCUGCGGUGUCAGAAGUGACACCUACAGUAUCCAGAGGCAGACUCUCAGAACCAUCUUCGAGUCCAAAGAACACCAAGCUUAGUGAAGCCUUUUCCCCACCUGGUGAUCCUGUUUUGAUGCCUGAUGUUAACUCAUUGCCAUAUAGCCCACCCCCAAAUGCCAUAGCCACAUCCACACUUUCUCCUACUGGGACUUGGGAUCUGCGCAGGAAGUCUUGUACUCCCCAAAAGACUCCUUUGAAACGCCAGAGGGUCACAAACAUGUACCCAGCCAAAGCCCUCCAGUCACCUGCCUGCCUGUCUGCCGAGCAGCAUCCCUGCUAUACAGACUUGAAUCUUUCUGCUAAAACUAAAGCAGAGAGCACCCCCUCCGUGAAGAGACAUAGAGUGAGGACUCCAAGUAAGAGGAGGGGGUUAGAAAGACACCUGCCUCCUGAGCUCUCCACAAAGGACCACACGCUUCUCCCAGAUGCUGUGGUUCUGUGCGAGCGCCUAGAUGCUUCCUCCCUAACCAAUGUCUUCGCCACUGGCAGUUCUGAAGCAGAAGGUGGUCCAGGUACAGUUGUGCCAGGGGAGAAGGCAGUAAGUCUCCAGCCUCUGCUCCUCCAGAACCCUCCUGUGUGUGACCAGGCCUCCUUGCCCGAAACCCCAAAGUCUGGCUCGAGUGCCUAUUCACUGCGUCACACCCCAGACAGAAGGCAGCGGGAGGCUGCAGCGCGGCUGGGGAAGCCCGAGAAGGGGGCAACAUUCAGCACACCUAGGACUGCUCACACUCUGCCUCUGGCAACGAGCCCACGAACUUACGAGAUUGAGCUCGAGAUGCAAGCUUCUGGCCUGCCCAAGCUCCGAAUUAAAAGGGUUGGCUCUGGGCCAGCUUUGGAUCCUCAGUCUCAUUUGCAGUCUGGAAGGCCCAAAGGAGAUGAAAGCGAUUUUGCUGCAGGGGAUCUUUCCGUGACCUGGUGCGGCAGGCACUCUGGGAAACUGGAAACCCUCUCCAUCUCGCCAUCUUGUAAUCGAUCUGCUCACAGUACCCCUGCGAAGUUCGGGGGUGGGGGGCAGACCUAUAUAUGUCAGUCGUACACUCCAACUCAUUGCACCCCCAACUCCACUUCCCCAUCCCAGGGCAAUGUUGGCCUUCCCUGGACACCUUCUCCAAAGCAUAAAGGGAAAGUGACCCCUGAAGCAAUCAAGGACUGGCCGCGAAGGAAAAGGGCCACUGUGGGCUGCAGCAAAAGCGAGAGGCACGUGGAGGUGGCUGGGGAAACUAGAGCUUCUGACCUUCUUGGCGUCAAUAAAGCACUGCCUUUGGGGGACUUUGAACUUGAAGGCAUCUGUAGGCUUCAGGACCAGUCGCCUUGCAGCGAUGCAGAGCCCAGUGGAGACGAGAGCACCUGCAGAGGGACCCCUGGCCUAAAGUUCAGAAAAAGGCCCUUUGGCCACAUGUCUCCUGAGGAGGAAGUCAGCCAGGAAGUGAAAAAAAGGCACUGCGCAAAGAGAGGCAACCCAAACGCGGCAGUGUAUGCAGCCGAACUGAGUACAGGAAAAGGUGUAGCGUCCUUAAACAAGACAAUACUGGAAGAGGAAGAGGAGGUCUUCAGCAUUUCAGGUAAUCUUGGACUGAAAUUCAGCUACAGUGAAAAGGAACAGAGUAGAGGAUACAAACAGAGAAAAGGCUCCUUUGCGUCUUUCCGCACACCCCUUUAUUGCUCUAGAAUUACCCUCUGGCCAGCCCUACCAACACACCAAGCAAGGCUCAGUCUUUAAAAAAUCCCAGCUGUAGGAACCGUUCUACAGUGUACCUGCUUGAUUGUGGCAUGGUAGAUCCAAAGGUCAUGCCUUUGAGAAGGGCCUUGAAUCAAAACUUAAUCUCUUCCAGCUCUGCUUUUAUGAACUUUCAAUUUACUACUGUCUUUUUUAAAUUAAUACUCCCAAAUUAAUAAAUUAAUAUGCCAAAUUUAUACAGCACCAUUAAUCUGCAUUGCAAUUUACAGGGUUAACAAACAAGUCUAAUUGCUUCCCUAAUGAGCUAGUGGUAUUUCUUUCCCCCCAGCAGUUUUGGGGCAACACACAUCUUGUGUCAAGGGCUAUCAGUGGAUCAGAUGUUUUUAAGAUGCAGUCCUAUGCACACCAUUGGAAGUAGACUCCAUUGAGCAUAGUGGGACUUAUGAGUAAAUUUGCAUAGGAUUGUUCUGUUAAUUUAUUAAAGGCAGAUAACUAAACAGUCAAUUUGCAUAUUACCAAAAUGUCGACCAGUCGUUUAGAUAUGUCUUAACUUUCCUUCAGUAUUUUAGAAUUUAGUAAACAGAAGGUUGCACUUGCAUGCUCAAAGGAUCAAGCUGUAGUUGAUUAAUCUAUUCACCUUAACCCAAGCCCUAUUUUUGCCAUUUUGCACAUAUGAAUACUACAUAGCUACCAGAAGUGUUGGAACCUCCAACCAGGGUUUGUGUCUAAUAUCUUUUGUCACGUCUCCUAGGUAUGACUCCACCAACGUCUUCAGGGAAGAGCACAAUCUCUGCUACUGGACUUCGGGCACUGACGCAGUCCCCACUGCUCUAUCAAGGCCACACCACAUCCCUGAGGAAAUGGCCCACAGGUAAAUGCAGUUUAUUUGAACCCGAGUGGUGUUCAGAAGAAGCCUGAACUGCAAAGAGCCAAAUUGCAAACACAUAUAUAGUCCAAUGGUUCUUGUAAGACCUUCCUGUAGCAAUAAAAUACCCAGUUCCCUUUAGGUUCUCGCAGAACAGGAUAUGAAGGCUAUAUUCUUAAACUGCUUUGGGUUCUUUCACCAGCUAUUCGAUAUUUUGCUCUCUCAUGGAAAGUUGCUGUUCCACGGAGGGAAAUAGCUGACUUACAACUGCUUGCCUCUCCUGUCUAUGCCUGCCAGUAUUUUUCAUAUUAUUGCUUUCCUACACAGGAGACAACAAUGAUGCAUUUGGAGCUGCAGAGGAAGAACUCUCCCCCUUUCACAGUACAACCAUGAGACAACAUUCCAUCAGGAGGACCUACUCACGGAAAAGGCUGCUCAGCUGAACCUGGGAAAAAGAUGGUGAACAUACUUGGGAGCCUGAUGACAAAGCCAUUUUGGAUGACUUUAAAACCAAAAUGAAGAUGAUAUUGCCAGCCACAAUGGAAGCACCUCUUGCUCAUGAACUCACAGUUGUGUUCUGUGAGGAAAAGCUGUAGUGUCUCCAUAUAAAUUUAAGCUAUGAGCGUGUCAUCAUAGGGCUCCUCUCAGGGUUUCAGCACUAAAGGGUAUAAAUGAUGGGUGAAACUGACUGCUUUUAAAAAGUACUUUUGUAAAAUAAAUUAAUAUGGUAAGUUGCUCUUAUGGUACUGAAAGAAUGUUCUUUAUUUGUGCUAGCUAAAUACUAGGGAACUGGAUAUCUCUUACGUACCAUGCAAAAAACAAUUUCACAUCUUCCUUGCCAAGAAACGAAGGAAACUAAUAUUUAUUGUUAGGUUUUAAAGCUCAUAAAUUAACUGAAAUUAGCAUCAGUCUACCCUCCAAAGCUGUAUGGUACUUGAAUACUGCUAGGAAGGGAGUAUAAAUAGUAAUACUUUUGGUUAAAUUGUGAACAGGAAGGAAACAAUGUAUUUCAAGCCCUUAUAAAAGUUACUCA